AUGUCCGGGUUGACCCUCGGGCGAGGUCCUGGGGGCGUGCGACCGACUCAACCCGCUGGCUUCGAUUCCUCCGCCGACGCUGACCGGUCUUCCGCCUCCUUCCACCACCGUCAACCUUUCCCUCCUCCCACUGCCUCCUCUCAACUCUCCGACGACUUCUCCUUCGGUUCUCCCCUCAGUCCGCCCGAUUCGUCUCAUGUGCAGGACGGCGGCCUACUGCAGGACUCGCUGUUCCCCGAGUGGAGCUCUGGCGCGCAGCCUCGCGUUGGCUUCGACGGUCCGGAUGAGAUGCAAAGGAAAGAUCCGCUAGCCACCCAGAUAUGGAAGCUGUAUUCUAGGACCAAGGCCCAGUUGCCGAACCAGGAGCGCAUGGAAAACUUGACCUGGCGAAUGAUGGCCAUGAGUUUGAAGCGCCAGGAGCAGGAGCGGUUAUAUCAGUCGAGGUUUCCCGCCCGGAACAGCAUCUCCAGCCCCAGUGGUAUUGCCCAAUUGCGCAUUUCCGACCGAGCUCCCGCCCACCCGGCGUCUUCCACCCCGAACGAUUUCGCUUCCGAUCCCAUGAACCUGGACGAUUUUAUCGUGCCCUUCGAAUCUCCCUCCGAUCACCCAUCCCCGAAUGCUCCCAAGGGGCCCGAGACGACCUCCGCGGCGAUCCCCAUCAAAUCUCGCAAGGACCAAGUGGCCGAAUCCACGCCCGUGCCUGCGUCGUUCCACCACCCGGCUCGGGAUCAGCGCAAGAACAGCGAAUUCGGUUACGUGCCCCGUCGCGUGCGCAAGACGAGUAUCGACGAGCGCCAGUUCUUCGGUCUGCAGUUGCCCAACCGCAAACGACCCGCCGAAUCCUCGCCCCAGGUUCCCCCGGUGUCCAACACCAUGCUGGCCCACGAUCCCGAUCUUUCCGGCGGCGUUCCCGAUUACGCAUUGGAUGCGUCGACCUCGGCGUUCGGACUGCAUCACGCCACCCAGCAUGCGUCGAACCAUGCCAGCCACACCUCCCCGGGCGUGCCGUUCGCGCUGGACACCUUCAGUCUCGGCGAAGAUCCCAUCCUUCCUUCCGCCGGCCCCUAUCAAACCCACUUUACUUUCUCCCCGAGUGACUCGCCCAUGACCUCGGGUAAUCCGUUUACGAACUUGUAUGCACAGACGCCCGUGGCGUCGUCGCUCAACUCGACCGAUUUCUUUUCGCCCCCUCCCUCGGGAUACCAGUCGACCGUGUCGACUCCGCAGCCGGCCUACGAUGGCGAGCACUCCAUGUACUUCGACAUGCCGACGGUGGAUGCACGCACCCAGCGCCGAGUGCCCAACUACGUUUCCCACCGUUCGAACCUGUCGGCGUCCUUGCAGCCGCGGUAUAUGUUCAACCAGCAUGAGCAGCAAGCGCAGCAGCAGCAGCAGCAGCAGCAGACCAACUCCUCGGUGCAUUCCCCAGGAUAUCCGGUUCCGCAUGUCGAUCCGUCUCAGGUUUUGGGACCGGGGGAUUUCACGGCAUCCCACGCCAACAUGUUCUCCUUUGGAGCCGAUUCGGACAACGAGGAUGACGAGGGGCGUCCAUUUUCGGAGCGUGCCGGACUUGCGAUGCCGGCGGAAUUCAGCGACGAGAAUGGCGAUAUGAACUCGGGUAUGCAGUGGGAUACACAGUUCCCGGGAUCGUUCCAUUCGCUGCCGGGAUUCGCUCAGCACCGCAAACAUGUCACCAUUGGAUCGGCGGAUAUGAUGGACACCCCGAGUGAAUGGAACCACCAGAGCGGUAGUCUCAAUCGGACUCACGGGUCGGCGGCCUCGGUCAGCGAGGUUCGCAACCGAGAGCAGGAUCCCCGCCGGCAGAAGAUCGCCCGUACCGCCUCCACGCCCAACACGGCGCAGCUGCUGCGUCAGAGCAUGAACUCGGCCAACAAUUCGCACACUUCACCCAACACCCCGCCCGAGUCGGGCCUGAGCAGUGCGGCUCCUUCGCGGCCCGCGAGCCCCGGAGGCUCGAAGAACGGCGAGGGCAGCACGGGCCCGACGACCUGCACCAACUGUUUCACCCAGACCACGCCGCUGUGGCGACGGAAUCCCGAGGGACAGCCGCUGUGUAACGCCUGCGGCUUGUUCUUGAAGCUGCACGGCGUGGUGCGACCGCUGUCGCUGAAGACGGACGUCAUCAAGAAGCGGAACCGCAGCAGCGCCAACACCCUGGCCGUGGGCACGUCCCGAUCGUCCAAGAAAUCCGCGCGCAAGAACUCGGUGCAGCAGGCGCCCGCCACCACGCCGACAUCCAGUCGCGCCCAGAGCGGAGGAACGGCGUCGGAGUCCCCGCCGGCCAUGCCGAGUGCUCCCGGACGAGCGUCCGGCGUGGUCCCGAUUGCCGCCGCGCCGCCCAAGUCCGCUCCGUCGGUCGCCGCAUCCCCGGGUACCGGACAGACGCGCAGCGCGGUGCAAGUGGCUCCCAAACGGCAGCGCCGGCUGGAAAAGGCCAGCGACGAGACCGAAGACAGCAGCAAAUCCUCCGGCCGAUCCAAGGUGGUUCCUCUGGCUCCUGCGAUGCCCCCGGCGGCGGCGAACCCGGCGAACCACAGCAUCGCGGGUGGCCAAGGCGCCAGUCAAGAAUGGGAAUGGUUGACCAUGAGCUUAUAAUUUCUUUCUUUUCAUUCUCUUAUUCGAUAUUAUCAGCAACGCCCGCAUGACCGAUAUUCAUAGAUAUGAAACACGACGGCGCUCGCUAUCCGAGCUCCCGCUGUGUUAUCAGGGGAGGAGGACAGGAUUAAUGGUGAUGAAGGAAGGAAAGCUUCUUUUUUCUUUUUUUCGGAUAUUAUUUAAUGGUUGACUCUAGCGCCUGAUGUUUUUUUUUUCUUUCCUUUUUCGUGUGCAGUUGUUUCAUGUUUCAUGUUUCUCUGGUUUUGAUGUUUGAUGUUUGAUGCUCCGUCGGCCUGAUUUUAUGUUUGAUACAAUCGCGUCUGUCCGGUGUUUGUUUUAUGGCUUUGCCGGACAGAAGUGCGCACUGUGAUUUGAUUUUAUUGAAUUUUUAUUGAAUGGAUUAUAGACUGUUUUAUGGUG